AUGGCCAUCAUGAGAGCAGGCCCUGAGGAUGCCCCCCCAGAGCCCCGGCUGGACCUGGGCAAGAAGGUGAGCACCACGCGGGACCUGAUGAUAGAGGAGCUCUCCCUGCCCCACAACCGUGGGUCCCGGCUCUUCCAGCAGCGCCAGCGGCGGAUGCAGCGCUUCACCUUUGAGAACCUCAGCAGCCACAGGGAGCUCCCAGGGCCGGGCGGCUCACAGCACACAGCGGGAGGUCACAGGGAGGGAGCAGCAAAUGAGUGGAUGGCAGGGGAGGAUGCUGGGGGCCAGCAGAGUUACCACUCCGAGCUCCACGUGGCAGCAUCGCCCCAGGGCGGCCCCCCUGAGGUGCCCAAGAAGACAGAGAAAGUCCUGAAGAUGAGUAAAAUCCUCAACCCCGACGCUCUGGCCCCAGGGUACUCAGGUCCCCUCAAAGAAGUGCCCCCAGAGAAGUUCAAUGCCACCGCCAUCCCCAAGGGCUACCGCUCCCCAUGGCACGACCUCCUUGGGGACAAGGCCGAUGCUGUGCUCAGCGAGUACCUGCCACCCAUGAGACCCUCUCUGUGGGACUUCAGGAGCUUCAACAGGACUCCCGCCCCAUUUGACAGAACACAGCUCAGUGAGCUGUUCUUUGUGCCUGCCACGGAGCUGGACAACCUGAGCGCUCUGGAAGUGAUUGACCACAGGCGUAACUUCAACAGGGUGCCGCAAGGCUGGGUGCGGAUUCUACCGGAGAGCGACGAGCUGUAG